AUGUCUCCCCUCGACUCCUUUACCAAAUGGUUGAAGUUGAAGAUCUACCAGUUGGAAGUGACAUUCAGCGUCUACAUUUUUACCCCUCUUGAGAAGUUCAUCUUCUACUCGGUCCUCUUCCUCCUCGUCAGCCUGACCUUCAUCGCGACGAUCCUGUACCUCCCCGGCCACGUGUCCUUCAUCCUCGACCGGGCCUGGUUCUACGCCCACGGCGACGCAGCCGACGCCAAGGACGCCGCCGCACGCACGCUCGCCCACGCGCUCGCCGCGCAGUCGACCGCCGCUGCCGCCGCGGUGGCUGCCGCGGAGACUGUCGCGGAGCUGGUGCGCGAGGAGCUGUGA